CGAACACCGCAUUUUGGCCGUCCACGACACGAUAUGGCGGAAUCGUCCUUCAAGGACAUUCCAGAGCUUUUCGAGGUGGAAUUGGGUGAAGCACUUUCAGCGCGAACUGAAGCACUGUCAACGUUCCGCGAACUUGGGCCCCCGGAUCUAUGUCACGUCGUCAAAAGUAAUGGAAAGAGUGGGCAACGAGACCUGGGUUCAUAUCAUUAUAUCUCGGGCGUAGAUGCUUCGUCUUCAGCUUCUUUAGCGGCCUAUAUCAACUCAUUAACCUAUGCAAUCGAAGACAGCUCAGCUUGGUUCAGCAAGGCGGCUGCUUGGAAGGUCAAGAGCGGGUGUUACUGCUGUUUCAAUGCGUUCUCAAGACUUGACAUACGCGUAGAUGUCAAAAUCCCAGGUGGUGUACAUGCAUAUGUGAUAGAUUUGCGUGGUGAAAGACACGAAGCUACACCUGAGUUGUGGCAAGAAACUUAUAUGUCCGCUGUCCUUCGUGCCAUUCUGUAUUCCGACGACCCAAACUAUUGGCUUGACGCCUACCGCAAACUCGACCCCAUCACCACUCCAGAAUCAGAAAUUCGUUUUCUUCAAGCAGCUGAAGCUUUGUUCAUGAAAGGCUGGCAAGUCGGAUCUGACCCAGAGAUUCAGGUCGCGACAGUUGUUUCAAAUCACCUUACAGCUGGAAUAAUGAAGUAUUUCGGUGACAGUGGAAGAUACCAGCAGGCUGCAAACCUUUUCGAGAAGAUUGCUGCGAAGGAACCAGAGGUUGCCAGUUUGCUUGCUCGAAGUUAUAUUGGAAUGAACGAAGAAGUCAAAGCUGUCCAAAUUAUGGCCUCAUCCAUCAAACAAACACCCCACUCCUACACCCUUCUGCAUGCACAAUGCGAUCUCCUCAGAUUAAAAGACAAACACGAGUGGGCUGUCAAGCUUGCUCGGGAAGCUGUUAAUUGUGCCCCAUCCGAAUUUGUCACAUGGGAAAAGCUCACGGAAUGUUACAUCUCCUUGGGCGAUUACGAAUCUGCUCUCCUCACCCUCAACUCCUGUCCUAUGUUUACUUAUAAUGGCCGGGACGUUCAUCGGAACCUCACACCAGCUCGCGUCCACCUACCCUUCCUGCGCCCGAUAGGCGAAAUCUUGCCCGAAAGAGUCAAGACAGAAGAGGAUGAGGCCGACCCUGCAUUGUUGAGGUUACCAAGUCCAGGCCUAAAAGGAACAUGGGCAAGAGCCUACGCAUUGUUGACGAAGUUAGUCUCGAACAUUGGUUGGGACGAGUUGUUGAAGACUCGGAGCAGUGUGUUCGUCAUGGAGGAGGAGUAUAGGAUGCAGAAGGCUCAGGGCGAUGUGGCCAAGGCUGGUGUGAUACAUGAGGAUGGAAUGAUUCGAGCACCGAUGGCUCCGGAUGGUUUGGACGAUAAUGCAUCGACAAGAGGAAUGGUUUCUUCCCCUGGAAGCCCUGCAAAUACCAAGUCUAACUCUAUUGGGGAUGGGAAGGGUCUGACUGCGGAUCCCCCAAUCCCGGUGAUACGGAUUUCGACAGAGUCGGAUAGGGAACGGGAAGAGGCUGUUGAGGCUGAAGAGAACGGAGGUCUGAACGGGGAUGCAAAGGGUAAAGCGAAAGGGUUCAAGUUCGAUGUUGGAGAAGAUGGGAACAGCGAUCAAACGGUGUUGGAAAGACCUGCUCAAGCUGCAGCGGGUGAGGAAGAGGAUGUUAUUAAUGAGCCUGGAGAAUAUGUUUCUCAUAAGCAGUCUCAAUCAAGUCCAGAAGCGUUUUCGUUCAGCAAUAAACGCUUAUGUGAGCGGUGGUUGGAUAACCUGUUCAUGGUGCUCUAUGAGGAUCUCCGCGUCUGGACGAUUUUCCGUGCUGAGGUGGCACAUUUCAAGACACAACACGUUGCCUAUAGGAAGACCGGCAUAGAGUGGGAGAUAUUGGGAGACCUCGGUUUACGUCUCCAUCACAAGGAGGAAGCUAAAGAAGCGUUCCAACGCUGCCUGGAUACCACUCGUUACUCACAAAAACCCUGGGUGAAACUUAUGGAAAUGUAUGCUGAGGAAGGCGAUAUCCAACGGUGUAUUCAGACUGCCAUCCGUGUUGCUGCGUAUCAAUGGGCAGAUUACACCGAGAUGACGUACCCUACCCAAAUCGCCCGAGCUUUCUUCAAGCUGGGGAAGGUUCACGGGCAUGGAAAAAUCACUUAUACUCUUAUUAGUAUGGGGUUACCGGAGUCGAUAUUGAAAAUUAUGGAUAGUUACUUGCAGUAUGGGAAGGCGUUCAAGGUUGAGGGUUGGGACUUCUGAUUUCACUUCUUACACUAUUUUCUCUUUCGUACGUACUUAGUUAUGAUCUUGUACCUGUGAUUACUGGUGUUCUUACACUUUCCAACCUUUGUGUUUCUUCUCUUUAUCGUUAAAAUUCUUCUAUGUGCGCUCGUACUUUACUUCAUGGGCGAAAUGAUCGAAGCUGAAGCGCUGACACAAGCGAAGUUUCCCGCCA